GCCCUUCAUUGCCGCUGACAUCAGCCUUAAAAGUGCGAGCUUGGGCGUGGAAGGGGAACGCCAGCCGCAGCCUGAUCCCUCCGGCGCCUCCAGCAACCCACCCCCCCGAGAGCCCAGCGGAGCCCAAUCUUUCCAGUCUUCAAAGUUGCACAACCCCCACACCGUCACCAUGGCCAACAGAGGACCCGCGUACGGGCUCAGCCGGGAGGUUCAGCAGAAAAUCGACAGGCAGUACGACCCUGAGCUGGAGCAAAUCUUGAUCCAGUGGAUCGCGGCCCAGUGCGGACCCGAGGUUGGGGAGCCGGAACCUGGCAAGGAAAACUUCCAGAAGUGGCUGAAGGAUGGCACGGUGCUCUGCAAACUUAUCAACAGCCUCUACCCAAAGGGGAAAGGGCCAGUGGCCAAGAUCCAAGGCUCAGCCAUGGCCUUCAAGCAGAUGGAGCAGAUAUCCCAAUUCCUGCGCGCAGCCGAAAGCUACGGCAUCCUCGCCACCGACAUCUUCCAGACGGUGGACCUCUGGGAAGGUAAAAACAUGGCCUGUGUGCAGAGGACCUUGAUGAACCUGGGAGGCUUGGCAGUCUCUAAGGGGGACGGAUUCUUCGCUGGAGACCCCAACUGGUUCCCAAAGAAGUCCCAGGAGAACCGCCGGGCCUUCUCAGACGACAAACUCAAGGAGGGCCAGAGCGUCAUUGGGCUGCAGAUGGGCACGAACCGGGGGGCGUCUCAGGCAGGCAUGACGGGUUACGGGAUGCCCCGCCAGAUCCUUUGAGCCCGGCCUGGCCCGCCCCCUCGAUCCGCCCCUUGCCUCCAGCGCCUCGUCUAAGAGAAUCUCUCCCAAUUGUGCUGCCGCCAGAAGUCUUAAAAGGGGGGUGAAUUGGUUCCUCAUUUCCCACCACCACCACCACGUCCACCAUUCCUGGGGUCUUCUCUCUUUUCCGGCUGCCCCUUUUUUAAUCCAAUUUUUUUUUAGAACCAAAUCCUCCCAUCUUGGAACACGCAACUGGACUAAAUGCCCACCCCAUCCCAUCCACUGCACCGCCCCACACGCCUAGUCUCCCGAAAUUAUCUUACAACUGUGGGUUUUUCUUUCUCUCUCUCUCUCUCUCUCUCACACACACACACACACACACAUCCACGACCGAACAUGUCUUAACAAUGCCGGGACCAAGAAAGCGGUAGGUGUCUUUGUUUUUUAAACUUCUCCCAAACUUCCAAAAUCCCACCGAUUGCGUGCCAAAAUGUUUUUUUCUAGUGGCCAAAUGCCUGCACACACACACAUCUCUCCUCACCCUUUUGAGGCCCAAUUCUGGGGCAUUUAAAAACCUGCUGUUCACAUUCCAUCCUCUGGCCUCUUAUGUUGAUCUUAUCUUUCGAAAAUGGCAGCUGUUCCGGACCAAAAAUACCCACUGCUCUACAGGACCCCGUCUUUGACAGUCUUACAAAGUGGCCUGCCAAGAAAACUGCACAUAGCUAUCUCUAGGAUCUUGGCUCUGGUGCUGCAAAUCUUUUAUUUUUGUAGUUAACCACUUCCUGUGACGUCUAGCUGGGACACACACACACACAUAUGUCAAAACCACCUGAUUGGGGUACAUCACGUUCUCCAAGCUGGUGUCCUCGGAUGCUGUGGAUUUCAGUGUCCAUCUGCCCCAGCCAGCAUGGCAAACUGUAGUCCCCAACAUCUGGAGCGCACCAGGUUGGAGAAGGCUAGGGUAGCAGCGUCUGGCAGGAUCUCUCCGGAAAGCAAAAGGUGACCUUCUUGGUGCUGGGUUCAAAUUCUCCCCUGCCGCUUAUCCGGAGUUGCUUUCCCUGUCAGGGCUUGGCUUCUUCGAAUCAGGUCACCAAUAGGAAAACGCGUUUGUUCUCCGCGGCUGUUUUCCCUGCCCGGAUGUGUUUUGCAGCCCAGCCUGUCUCUGCAAAACGUCCGCCGCCUCUUUUGGGCGGCUGCAAUUCUUGCAGGGCUAAACUCCUCAACUGUGUGGCAUUCUUACCUGUGGAAUGUACCCUGCCCCCAAGGUUAACUGAUAAGCAAUAAACAUGACUCAAUUCUUUGUUUAUAA